AUGGUUCUGAUGACAGUUGGGUGCCGAAGGAUUCAGUAUUCGGAAGAAUCGGUUAAACGAAGAGCUUCUGGUGUUAUCUCAUUGAGGGUGUACGUGUGCCAUAAAGAGGGCUUUCAUGGGAACAAGAAGGAGGAGUGGGAAGUAAAGAACCCAAAGCUGUAUGAGAGAACUGGUUGCCUUGCAGCCUUGACCCUUAAAAUUACAAACAAUGGCAAGUAUCGCGUGACUGACUUUGAGGCAAAGCAUAACCAUCCACUUGUUAUACCAAACAAAGCUCACAUGAUAAAAUGGCGGAGAAUAAGUAAGGAUCGUGGUGUUUUAGCUGAGGAUUCCAGGAUGAUACCAAGAGCUGAUGAUGAGGUUAUGAAUGGGCAUGCUGGUGACCAUCAGCAUUUUAUCAACCCUUCCCAAACUUAUAAAAAUUAUUUACGGUCAAAGCGUGCAAGUGCUGUAUUGCCGGGAGAUGCAGGAGCUGCAUUGCAGUAUGUGCAGGAGAGGCAAAUUGAUGAUCCAUCAUUUUUUUAUGCUGUACAGCUUGAUAAGGAAGAUCAGGUGGCAAAUAUUUUCUGGGCAGAUGGAAAGUCUAUAAUUGACUAUGAUUACUUUGGAGACGUGAUGUGUUGUGACACUACAUAUCGAUCAAAUAACUAUGGUAGGCCAUUUGCACAAUUUAUUGGUGUGAAUCACCACAUGCAAACGGUAUUCUUUGGUGCUGCAUUGUUAUAUAAUGAAACCAUUGAAUCUUUCAAGUGGAUGUUUGAGACCUUAAAGGCGGCUAUGUCUGGGAAACAACCCAAGGUAAUUUGGGUAGAACAGUCUACAGAAAUUAGCGAUGCAAUUGCUGCAGUGUGGCCAGGUACAGUUUGUCAUUUUUCCAUGUGGCACGUCUACCAUGAUUCUGCUAAACAUCUGAGUUUUGCCUUCCAGGUCUCCAAAACAUUUGCACUUGAUUUUAGCAAAUGUGUCUAUGAAAUUGAGGAGGAGGAAGAAUUUCAAUCAUUGUGGAAAGAAAUGUUGGAGAAGUAUGAUCUUAAAGACAAUCAAUGGCUGGCAAAGUUGUAUGAGGAUAGGGAAAAAUGGGCCUUGACACAUAGCCAGCAUAUAUUUUGUGCAGACAUGAAAAGCACAUUACGGAAGGAAGACUUGAGCACCCAGCUAAAACAAUGGUUACAUCCGGAACUUGAUCUUUUGCAGUUUUUAAAGCAUUAUGAAAAAGCAAUAGAUGAUCGUAGGCAUGCUGAACUACAAGCUGAUUUCCAAGCUUGCCAAAUUUCCCCGACCAUACCCCCUACAAGAAUGUUAAAGCAAGCUGCAAAUGUAUAUACGCCUGAAGUGUUUAAACUGUUUCAGAGGGAGUUUGAAAUGUCUAUGGAUUGUUUGGUCUACACUGGUGGUGAGCUUGGACCCAUAGCAGAUUACAAGGUAGCAGCUGAGGGGGACCCUACAGAAUAUGUUGUUAGAGUUGACAUUUCAGAUGGUACACUCAUUUGUAGUUGCAAAAAAUUUGAGUUCAUGGGAAUUCAAUGCUGUCAUGUGCUGAAAGUGCUUGAUAUUGUUAAUAUUAAAGAACUACCACAACGUUACAUCUUGAAGCGGUGGAGAAAAGAUGCUAAGGCUGGGAGCAUGAGAGAUAAUUGUGGAUUUGCAUUUAUUGGUGACUCCACAUCAUCUAAAGCAAAACGUUAUGGUUCUUUGUGUCGCAUUUUCAAUAAAAUUGCAGCAAGGGCUGCUGAAUCUCUGGAGGCAUAUACAUUAAUUGAAGGGCACCUAGAUCAACUUAUGGACCAUGUAUAA